UUUAUAAGGACUAAUCGGGAGGGGGGUGCGAUCGACCUCACUCCGCCACAGGCGAAGGCAGGCACUGAAGGACACGGUCACCCAUCACAGACUCUGCCGGACUGCAGGACAGGAGCACAGCGGCCACCUCCACAGAUGUCAGUGUGGCAAGUGGCCACGCCCUCGCCAUGGACGACUUUGACUACAGCGUUCAGAUCUCGGAGCGCGACUGGGACCUCUUCUAUCAGGAGUGCGAGGAAUGCGACCUGCUGCCCCCCGCCGUGGCGGGACCGGACGACUCGGGCACCAGCGACGCUGACGAUGGCGCAUCCCCCCGCUCGCGCCCCGUUGAGGAGGGGAACCCCCCCGAACACGACUGGUCCAUCGACGAGCCCCCGGAACGCACGGGCCUGCCUGUGGAACGCUACCUCAGCGCGUGUCGCCAUCCUGGUCCCGAGGACCUUCUUUCCUGCAGUGAGGAGGACACCCACCUGGAGUCCAUAAACGUGUUCUUUGAGAGGCUCAGGAGCUUCGAAGGGGGAGGGGGUGGGAGCUUUCUUGCAGAAGCUAAGCCUAAAGAGACAUGGCAGGAGGUCUGUGACCUUGAGGAACCUGCCAAGGAGCUUGGCAAUCAGCCACAGCUCUCUCAGGCAAAGUCCCAGAGUGACAGCUCAGCUCUUAGCUUUAGCCCUACAGCUAAAGAGGACAAAGUAGGCGGCGCCAUUUCAACCGUAAGAGGAGAAAAGGAUCGCGACAGAGCUGGAAAGUCAAUAGAACUUGAAUCAGAGGAAGAUGACGUGUUCGGAUUGGCUGAGCCCACUGUAGAACUGUUUAUCAGGGAGGAGGACUGGGCUGUGAAUGAGAAGUGGGUGCAGGAAAAGGAAGGUGACGAAUUACUGAAGGCCGCACCAUCAUGCUCAACAACCAGCAAUGAUGAGUUUGGACUCAGCAGAAAGCCUACUGUGGAAGAAUUACAGCCUUCAGGACUCAAAGACAUGAAUGGCACAGAGCCCAGAACUGGUGAGGGCACAAUGACAAGUCAAAGUCAGGCAUUUCUGAAGGAGGCCACUUCAUUGGAUGGUCACCAAGUGGAAUUACGAACUGAUCCAGAGGCAGUGCUCUGCGUGGACACGGCUGCUGGAGCUGAGAACCACACAGUAAAAUCAGAAAAUGAACAAAAAGAACACAUGUUUGUCUCUGCGGGAGUUGGCCGGGACAGCGCUAGCUCCCCUUCGGUAAAGAAAAAGAGGAAACGGGCAAGGAGCAGUGGUGCCCCUCUUGUGGUGGGACAGGCCUCUGAGGGCCUCAGAGGAAGAACUGAGAGCGAGAAGCAAGUGGAAAUGUUGGGAGCUGCGGGGCAGGGAGAGGCUGUGUCGUGGCAUGACAGUAGAGCUUGUGUGGACAAGGCCGGGAGUAAGCGUAAGAGCGUUUCUGCGCACCAAAUGACUCAAAGUUUCGGGACAGUUCCCAGAAGCAGCGAGCUUCUGUCAAAGGGGCGUAGCGUCAAAGAAUAUGGGGCCGAAUCGAACGCAGCCGGACACAAUCGCGACUUUGAAGAGCCAGUCACGAGGCUCAGAGAGCGUAGCAAAGAGAACAUUCCAAACUCUACGAAUCAGCAGCAGUACGGACCUGGGCAUGAUUUUCGGAAUCAUUCACAGCAAAUUUGCACACCUGCACGCAAUGCAGAAAUGCACAACCUGACAGCAUGUGAACAACCUGAUAAUAGUCAUGAGUGCUUGCAGUCAGGUGGUGUCAUGAUCCAACAUGGUCCAGUAUCACCACAGUGCUCUGGGUUAUCUGGACCUGAAUCCAGAAAUGGUUCUGAACAAUUUCCUCUCACGGAAUCUGAUAGAUUUAAUAAUAUCACAGAGGAAAGUUCCCCAGAUCAGAAGAUGCUGCAAAAUAAACCAAAUUUGCAGAUGAAUUCACCAGAGGAUGGCAAAGCAGGUUGUAAACUCAGCAAUGUCUUGUUGGAGACAUCCAGCUCAGCAGAAGCACCACAGUGUAAUCAACCAUUUGUCAGAGGUAUGAGUGGUUCACAAGAUUCUAGGAAUCAAAACAUUCCAGAACACAAACAGGAAGUAACACAUGGACAAAGUUCACCAACAUUCUCACAAGAGAAAAAUAUGAAUAUCAUCAGAAGUCCAGAGAUUUCACUGCCCAAAGAGUUCAUACAGAUGCCCAAUACUGCAAAUCUACCUGUGCCUACAGGGAUAUCAUCGUCUUUAAACAACAUUGGUGGUCAUGGGCCCAGUUGGUGUGAUGAAUUGUACCCAGUAGAUGUACAGUGUCCAAACUCAGAUGAAGAAGAAAGCCCCCCAGAAUAUCAGGAUGUAGAAGAGUUUAAUAAUGUGCCAAUAAAAGUUUCUAAUGAAACAACCAGUCAGUGUCAAGCUAAAACAGAGUUUGGAAACAUCGGCCCCAAAACCAGCUGUGCUGCAUCAGAAAAUCAUAAGCCCUCAGUGGUUACCGGUGAUAAAGCACUACCGUUUCAAACACCAAAACUGAUAGAUACACAAAUACCGGUACAGUCAGACCUUGUCCCAGCACCAGCACCAGCACCCCCGGGCACUUAUAAUGCUGCCAAUGGUCUGGGCAUAAAUUUAACCAAAAGCUCUGUUGCAAGUGAUGGUAAUGGAAGCUCGGUUAAUUCUAUUGCUCUGCCUGAUUCUAACAGUGACAAAGCCAGUAAAGCAGACGAUUGGCUGCAAGGAAAGGGCGAAAAUUUGCCACGGACCAGCACUGUGGAGUGUGCAAAGAGGCCACAGCAGGCCUCGAUAGACAUUUCAGCAGUGAAUGAAGUGGAGACGGUGUUGGGGCCUGAACUACAGAACAAGCAAUCCGUAGAUAAGCCAGUGCUUCACACCCUUGAAGCCAAAGUCAACAGCAGUGCAGAAUGUGAGCCAUCUCUUCCCCUGGAGUUAACAGCUAGUGCCAAACCACUGGAGACCAACGAGCCAAACAAACCACUGGACACCAAACGCCCAGUUCACUCUAUGUCCGCCUUUUGGAAGGAAAUGGAAAAGCUGACCAUUAAUGACAUAUUAUAUCUGAGGUCAUCCAGCAAUGCCCCCAGGGUCUUGUCACGGGACAGUGCCCCGACAGACACAUCAGACGCUGGAGACUCUGGCAACUCCUCCCAUCUGGAGGACUCCAGGCUUGACCGCUCAUGUGUGGACAUGUCUACCAUUCCAGAAUUUGAGGAAGAACGCUUGCUGUCCCACAGUGCCAGUGUGAAAUCCAGUCUGGACCCCAAGGAAGCCAAAAAACCAGGUCAAAGGUCACUUGGGUCGUGCAACUCCAGAGGGGUAUUGUGGGAAAGCGAGUUACACCCCGCUGGCCCAGGAAUGGACAAUGGCACCCAUGAGACGCCGCCGCUGUACCCUGGAGACACCAUCACCCCACCUUUCCUUUCGGACAAGGCCCAUCAGGGCUUAAGGAGGAUGUGCAAGAAUGUAAGUGUGCAGAAUCUACGAGCUCUGGAGGCUGAACCACGUGUCACAAGCGCCUCCCUGGUCACUACUACUACUACUGAGGAGGAAGUUCUCCGGGAGUCCAGUGGCACCUUUCAAAGGCCUAAAGAAAACUGCACUUCAGUGCCUCUGGAAAGCAGAAGUGCUAGGAAAAGCUCAGUAGAAUCUUCUCUCCCAGGGGAUGGGGCUACAGCAGGGGGUUAUGGGAUGCCUUUCCGUGAAAUCUUUGGAUAUUUCUUUGGCGCUAGCGAGGCCGGGGUCGGCCAGGCGGACGCAUCGCACACGGAGGUACCCGCAGGUGACGGAGGUUCGGUCCCCGAGACGUACGACCACUUCUUCUCCGAGUUCGAGACGGGAAAUUUUUUCUUUCCGUUAAUCCAGGGGACGGGUGGCGAGCAGACCGAGUCGGUUGCCGUGAUAUCCUGCUCGAGCUCCUCCGACAGAAACCUCCAGUUCCCCGAGGCUUACGACUACUUCUUCCCCGACAGUUCGUCCAGUGAUUCUGACGACGAAGAGGACAGCGACGACGAUCAGGGACCCAUCAGGGUGGUCACGCGCUUCGACAAGGGUGCCGGUGAGCCCCCCGUGGACACUGCAGAGGCUCCAGACAUGUACGAACACUUCUUCGCGAGCAGUGACUGGGGAGAGAGUCUUUUCUGGAGAAACCCCCUCUCUCUGAGACGAAUGCGCUUCACGGGCACGACCGGCUCAAAUGAAGGGCCCGCCUCCCGUGUGCUGGUAACCGCGGUUCAGAUGGGGAGGUCUGUCAUCAGCACCAUCUUCACGGACAGUGCUGGGGAUUUUCACGGAGCGGUCAGCCCUCAGAGACCUCUAUACUGCCUAGAAGAGCAGAUCUUUAGAGAACUGGAAGAGCAGCAAAGAAGAUAUACCGAUCUUCAGACGGCCGUUGCUGUUCCAAUGACUGCAGACGCCCCUCUCCUGCCCCUCAGACAGUCAGAUAUGUGUUUGAUCUGCAUUUCCUUUGCCUCUUGGGUGCUGAAGACAGCCAACCCACAGGAUUCCGACACCUGGAAAGCAGCUCUGUUGGCAAACAUUAGCGCGCUCUCUGCCAUCCGAUACCUGCGGAGGUACGUCAGGGACGCAGGGAAGGAAGCGUGAUGUCGAUUACCUGCGGUUCCUCCGGGGUGCGUCACGUGGACCAGCAAGCCUGUCUGCAUUGCUCAGCUCUGCUUCCUCCCCAAGCGCAACCCGAAAACAAAUCACCUUCAUCUGUUCGCCUGCACGGACGUCCUGCCGGUAGCCGAUGUCCCUUUCCUAACGAGAAAGGAAAAUGGCUGUUGUGCAUUGUGUUUGUUUUGUUUUUUGUUUUUUUUGUAAUAGUUCAGAGCGGCUCACCCUGCGUUUUGCGAGGUAGCUUCCAUGACAAAAGUAAUGCUUUUGUGAGUGAAGUUAGACUAAAGAAAGAACAUUUUAUGUUUUACAACAUUUUUGACAAAUGUUAUUUGAUCCUUUCGUGUUCGUUCCAUACGAGCCCUCUGUCGCCCCCUGUAUGGCUGAAACUUAUGACCAAAAUCAACAAUUUGUUCUAAAACAUUCUAUCAUGUUCAAAUGUUGCACAAAAAGAAAGGUGCUGGUUAUUUAUAUUUUUAUAUUUAAAAAUAACACACGUGUGUCGAAAAUGUCACAUUUGAGAAGACAUAGGAAAGUAUUAAGAAAGAGCAAUAAUGUUAGUGUUGAGUAAGUGGGAACUUGUGAAGCUUUUCAAAAGAGAAGGAGCAUUUGUGCAGUAGAAAUGAAAAAAGUUGACAGUUGAGGCAAAUUUGCGGCAGAAUUCUAAUGGUAAUGUAGCACAUAGCUACUGUACCAAACAAGAGGGGGCUGCACAUGAUUUGUGUUCCAGAAAAAAAGAGGUUAGAAUACAGCUGAAUAAAUGAGGGAUACUGAAGAGAUGCAGUUGGGUGUAAUUUUACACGGAUAGAUAUUUUAGUAGGUCAAACAGUAUGAAUGGAUAUGCAGUAUUAUUUCAUUAAAAUAAUGAAUGAGCACUGAAUUUAAAUUAUUUGUAAAUACCCCUUAUGUUUUUUUAGUUGUAAAUAAUCAUAUUAUAAAUGAUAUAUGUUAAUUAUUUAUGAAUGCAAGGCAGCAUUUGCAGGAAACUGACUGCCUUUUUUGAGUGAGUAAUAAUUUCAUAGAUUUGCCUGUGUGGAGUACGGUGUUAUAGGAGUUUGUGUCUUUGGUAUGUGCACAAUGAAACCAAUUAGACGUCAUUGCAUUGGUGGUUUUAUUUGUAAUAUUGUACAUAUGAGUAAUAACAUCAAAUGAUGUAUAUUAUUAAAA